ACAAAUAUGGCUGACGCGAGAAUUCUUUAAUUGAAGUUUUAUGUUGGUUUUGUGACUGGUCUAGUUAGUGCGAUGUCGUGUCAGUUGACCGUAUUGUCACGAUUUCAUGAUAUUUCAACUGUGAAAAAAUUCCUGUUUCCGUUCUGGCGGGGAAACACUCCCGACAAGGAGACUGAAAGUGCUACAUUCAGCAAGGAGGAACCCGACAACUGGGAUGUUGAUUGGGGAUGGAACGAGGAGGAGACUGUAGUGGAAUCUGAAGACAGUGCCGGUGUUGUCAAUAGUGGUAAUAAUGGACAACACAGGUGGUUGCAAGAGUGCAUUGUGUCUCUGUCUCCAACCAAUGACAUGGUUGCUUUUGCACAAGAAGAUAAAAUCUGUGUUUUGACUCAAAAAUGGAAUCCCAGCCACAAGGGAGAAGACAUGGACACACAGUAUUCCGUUGCCUGGCAGAGCAGUUUAAGUCAGGAGGAAGGAGAAAUAAUAAACUGUGUGAUGUGUCUGCCAUUGGCUUCACAGAAACGAAGUACACAAGGCGCUCCAGACUGGACCUGUGUUAUAGUAGGUUUCUCUACGGGCUACAUCAGGAUGUACACAGAGACUGGAGUCUUGUUGUUGUCACAACUCCUACACAUGGAACCAGUCCAGAAGCUGAAGUGUCGAACCUACGAAUCACCCAGAUAUCUUGGCAUGGCAGAACAGCAUGAAGAGCUUGUGAUUCUUUACCGGAAGGCUGUUGUGUCUAUAGAUGGCUUUAGUUUAAUUCAGUCACUUCGUGCAUGCAGAAAUCAAGUUGCAAGGGCAACAGCAAGUGGCAGUGAUACAGGACUGCAGCCUCCACCUUUAGCGUACAAGAAAUGGGGAUUACAGGGUCAAGACAGAAUCAACGACCAUGUUAGCUGUGGUUUGCAUUCCACCAAUGCAUUUGAUCAGCUGCAGAUGGUUUCAAUGACUGGAGGUUACAACGCUCAAGUGAAGAGUUCUCCACCAGCGGCCACUCUGUAUCUUACAGCAGGCAUGGGACCAUACACCGGCUUUUAUUGUGCUAUUGAGGGAAGCACACAGCCUAUUCUAUCUGAAGUCGCACUGGCAAUGGCAAACAAAAUAAAGACAGCUCUGAUAUCUGCAGCCAGUGGUUGGCUUGGAUUUGGUGGCAGACAAAGAGAUGAAGUUAAGGACAAGUUUACUCCAAAGAUAGAACCUGCUACACCACUCUCUUCAAGGUUUGGCCUGCCUGACCAGCGGAGAUCUGGGGACAGUAUAGCGUUGUCACCCAAUAAUAAGUAUGCGGCACUGACGGACAGCUAUGGAAGGGUGGUUCUCAUUGAUGUGGAAAGAGGAAUCGCUGUCAGAAUGUGGAAAGGCUAUCGUGAUGCUCAGUUAGGCUGGAUACAGGUUCGUGAAGAUGACACACAGAGUGGAGGGAACAAGGAUCACUCUAGAGUGGCCCAGUUUCUUGUCAUUUAUGCACCUCGGCGGGGAAUUCUUGAGGUCUGGACAGCAGCCACUGGGCCGAGAGUGGCGGCUUUUAACACAAGCAAGUGGUGUCAACUUAUCUCUCCUAGCCAUGGCAUGAUGGGACUGAAUAUUGUAACAAGUCGUGGGGUCAAGACGAAAGUGUUUAGCUGCGCACUCAUUGAACCAAAUGGAACCAUCAAGACACUGGAGGUGCCAUUUCACUUGGCAUUGAGUGACAAGAGCAGUAAGCGUGCCCGGGAUCUUCAUCUACUGAGAAAACUCAAGUCUACUCUGAAAGAAAAUUCUGAAGCAUCAGGAGCAUUGGAAACCACAAUUAAAGACUUGAUUUUAGAUAUGAGGAUAGCUAACAUAGCUCAGCAGGCUAUGGAACGAGUACUUAGUACCAAGUAUUUGUCAUGUGGCAUCAUGAAGAAUGUUCUUAGGGCUUGCAUCCAGCAGAUCAAUAACAGAGCUGAAGCGAGCGUGGACAUAGACAGUAAGCUGUUUUUGCGGUUUUGCCAGGCUCAGGACAGUCUGUUACAUACAUACUGCAUGAUAGAAAAACAGUCGUCGGGCAGUUCUCAAUCUACAGAGAGUGUAGAGUCGGAGGCACAGAUGAUAGCUAAAGUGCUGGGUCUGACGAUGUCUGAGAGUGAAGCAGUCCUGUCCCAGGUGGGGACGUUCACUUCCGUUUACGAAGCACAGAAGCCCCGAGUGAAGUUUGAAGAAGACAAACUGGGCAUCACAUCAUUUUUACACAGUUUCUCAUGUCAUCUACACGUCAGUGACACAGACACCAACCGCUAUGGUGUCAUAUCUCUACACAAGGGAAACUCAGACGACAGAAAUCUGGCUCUGGCUAAUUUCUUUUUCCACAACUGUCUUUCCAAUUGUUCCUCAUCUGGUGAUCUCAGCAUAGUUCUACAAGAUUCCAGUCUUUCUCCUGAACAGAUUGUUACACUUUUGUUGUUAUAUUGGUUGUCUUCUAACAACAGAAACUGUUCCUCGUUACCACAUCUGCAUCACAUUUUAAAAACAUUAACUGGAAUGACAGAUAAGAGUGCCCUGAUAGUUGACCACAGUGAAAUAUCACCUUGGUGGCAGCAUAUUCGUGAUGCCUGCAGUCAGUCAGAAAAUAUCCUAGCUGCAUACCUGUUGGCCAUCACUUGUAGAAGUCUUGCCAUUGAAAUACACAGCAAUCAAACCAAAGCAAAAGACCCUGAUGCAGACACAUCCAGCGUUGAGUCUGACAAGUCUGACCUAUCUUCUGAGUGGGAAACGCUGGCCGUGGACAUGGAGAACUGGAACCUACUCGUCAAACAGCUGGAGGACAUCCUUGCCCUCAGCACCUUGUUUCACCUCCGACUUCCAGCCAAUCACAGCACGACAGCUGGAACAGCAGAGGAGCCAAUCAGAGUGUCUGUAGCAAAGCUUCUUGAAGGUGGAAGAGGGUCCAUCUCGGAGGUGGUAGCCCAGUAUAUAACACGGAUGCACCUGAGUCCACAGUCGUUGUACAAGAACUACCCAGCUGACAGCACAGAUGGAGAAAGUCAGCCUGAAGUGGAGGUUGAAAAAGCUGAAGAUGAUAAAAAUAAACACAGCCUAUCACCGUUAGAAAGGAUUCAAGUUCAACUGGACUCUCUUCGUGAGCGGUUUCCUCACAGUUUAGAAAACGAUGUCCUGUUGUCAAACUGCUGCUGGGAGUGUGCUGCACUCUGGAACCGCGACCCAGAGAAUAUACACAGUCUGCAAUUAUCUCUUGAGUUUCUCGUGCUUGUACAGAAUGCUGUUCUGAGACAAGGGGUAUGUUACAUGAUGUGGCAGAUGUUUAUAAUGAAAAGAAUGUUGGCUGCUGUACAUUUAAUGGAGAAGGUUGGUAAAGCUCCGAAAGAGAGGCUGUGUAAGAAGGAGGUUGGGAUGAUUGACACAGCCAUGACGGUGUUUGCUCAGUGUGUGUGUGAUCUUCUGCAGACUACCAUGGAUGCCUGUGAGACUUUCAAGCUGCAUGGACGACAUGAUACCCCCGACCACUUAGCAAACUGUGAGAUGAACGAAGUACCUGUGUUUAACUUGGAGCCAAUCUGGCAGCAUAUUCAUGGUCCGGCCUCGCUUGGAGAACUCGCGGUGGACCAGAAACCAGUGAACUACCACUUGACUCGUCACCACUAUCAUCUCGCGGUCAUCGUACACGCUAUUCUAGUCUUCAACAUGAAAUCUGUCAAAGUGUUGUCACUCUUCGAUUCAAAGGGAAAGAACAGUUUUUUCAAAGACUUGCAUUCCCAUCCACUUCUUCCAAACCAGAAUGUUGAUACUGGAAUUUCUCUCAGUCGCCGAACGUUUUUGUGCCGAGUUAUCUCCCAUGCAGUUCAAACCCUGGAGAGUCCUGACAAAGAAGCGUCAUCACCAGACAGUCCCACACAUGGUGGAUCUCUGCACCCUCUGUCGAGUCACAGCAAGAGACAGAAGAACACUGCCUUUAAAUGGCCGGUGAUGGUUCUCGAGCUGGCCAAGGACUUUGGUCUCGAUGUCGACCAUCUCAAACGUCAUAACGUCUGCGAGCUCUACUCUAUUGGUCAAGAUAAACUGGCUGAAGAGGUUUUGCUAACAGUUAAUGAUCAUGAGAUUAUGGGGUCACAGCUGUUGCUCAUUGCAGGACAACGUAUUGCUCACUAUCUGUUUAAAUGUGACACCCCAGACACUGUUAAGAUUGUGUCAAGUAUGUCAACAACUCUCUCAACAUGGCUAAAACAACAGGACCGUGAGCAGCUACAUAAGCCUGAUGUAGCCCUUGGAGACACAGUUCUGUUGUUAGGCCAUGUGGCCAACUACCUGCAUGAGGGACAUUCUGAGUACAACCUCGCAAUUUCAUUGAUUGAACUAGUCCAGACAUUAACUACUUUCAAGCCGGAUGUAUAGUUCACAAAUACUCAUUAACAAUUUAUUUGUAACUGUGUAAUUCAGUGGUGUGGGUUUAUAAGUUAUUGAAUUUUUUUUUUUUUUAAAUAUUUUUGCAAGUUGCCCUUAACUGGUGUUUUACACCAUAGUGUAUUAAAUCCAGAUGAUAGUGGUGUGAACUAUUGGUAUACAUGGUAACUGCUUUUUAGUUCUUUUUACCUCACAAAAUAUUGCAAAAAUUGGGUCUACUUAAACUUGAAAAUAUUUCCUGCAGUUUGUGACCGUGUAUGAAAUAGCAGUUGUUUGCGAUGAUUAUUAUGUUAAUAUGGAUACACUUUUUGCUUGUCAUUUAUUGUCCAAUGUUUGAUAUGCUCUAUAUUCAAUUCAAUAUUCAAAACAUAACCUGUUAUAUAAGUAUAACAACACAUUCAGUUUUGAAAAAUUCAUCAUGGAACUAAACUAUGUGGGGGGGGGGGGGGGGGGGGGGGGGUUUAGUGGACAUGUUGGUGUUGUGUUUAAACUACUAUUUGAGUAUUUUCAGUGUAAAAUAAAUGUCAUAUAAUAUUGCUCUCUUGACUACUUUAUCUUGCGGACAGUGGAAUGACAUUACAGCAGCAGCUUUAAGAAUUGAGAUGCCCUGAGAAAACAUUUCUGAUUUUGUACUCCAUGGAUUAGUACUAUCUUUAUUAUCUAUAAGAUUAAACUGGAAAAAGUAAUGAAAAUAUUGUCUCCUGGUAUAGGUUUGAAUAGUUCCUCUGUUGUAUAUUGAACUGUGAAUUUGCACACGUCUUUCAGUUUUGCUUUUAUUUAAUGAAUUUCUUAAUGUCAUUGAUUAGAUACUCUUGUUUACUACAUGUUUUGAUUAGAUAUAAUCAAAAUAUAAUAUUAUGUACAAACUGUUUAUCAACUAUGCAAGUUGUGAACCAUGUGGACUUUGGCACGGAACUUUUCAUUACUAUUUUAUUAAAAAUUAAUGUUAAAAUGUAAAGCACUGUUAUCCAUUUCAAUUUAAAGUGCAUUUUAUAAAUAAAAUAUGUUUAGAUAAUUUAUAAUUCAUGAUUAUGUCAUCCAAAACCUUACAUAUUUUUGUUAAUGUUUCCGUUUACUGGUCUGAUUAGUUUUACUCAUCAUGUUUCGCAUUGUUGCAUAAUGGCUUAAAAUAAAAUGUAUACUAUAA